AUGCCGCCGGUCCUCGCGCUGCUCGCGGUCUGCGCGUGCGCCGCGCUCGCCGCCUCCACCGACGGGCCGCCGCGCUUCGACUACAGCGCUCUCGCGCUGCCGCGCCACCAUGUCGCCCGUUUUCUGCGCAGCAACAGACGCGUCGCGCACCUCUGCGAACAGGACCCGCGCUGCCCGUUUCAAGAUGCUUUGCAGCAGAAGGUCUCGUGUUGGGGUUAUGAGAGAGAUUGCCCCCCGGAGCAGCGGUUCAGCUACCCGGUGUGCACCAGCGUGGACUCAGGAUGGGCAAGCUCAGUGCAGGCUGCACAGGAACUCUUUUGGAAGCAGGCUGACUUUGGCUAUGUGAGAGAGCGACUGAGGGAGCUGAACACACUCUGCAGGCCUUUAAGCCCUGGUGACUCUUCUCUGGAGUGCACCAACUACCUACGUUUCUGCAGGGCUACAGGCCUGUACCUGGACCUACGGAACCCCCGCAGGGGUCAUGAGAGAUAUAAGGAGGAUUUCCUACAGCUGGGUGAGAUAGGGGGUCACUGCCGACUGAACAGCAGCGCUCUGGAGGCAGAGGGGCAGCACAAGAGCCCCCUCCAGUCCUGGUUUGCGGAGCUGCAGACCUACUCCGCACUCAACUUCCGCCCCGAGGACGACGGGCACUGUGACCUCAUCAUCGAGAGACCCACAGUUUUCAUGAAGCUAGACGCAGGAGUGAAUAUGUACCAUCACUUCUGCGACUUUGUCAACCUGUACAUUUCCCAGCAUCUCAACAACUCAUUCAGCAGGGACAUCAAUAUCGUCAUGUGGGACACGAGUCUGUAUGGAUAUGGAGACUUGUUCAGCGACACCUGGCGUGCCUUCUCAGAUCAUGAUGUCAUUCACCUCAAGACCUUUGACUCGAAAAGGGUGUGCUUCAGGGAUGCCUUCUUCUCGCUGCUGCCGAGGAUGAGAUACGGCCUCUUCUACAACACCCCCCUGAUCUCAAACUGCCACAGUGAGGGGAUGUUCAGGGCAUUUUCCCAGCAUGUCCUUCACCGUCUCAACAUCCCACAGGAGGGACCCAUGGAGGGCCGAAUCCGGGUCACACUCCUCUCUCGGAGCACGGAAUACCGCAGGAUACUAAACCAGCAGGAGCUCAUAAAUGCCCUGAAGACUGUGGCUUUAUUUGAGGUCAAACUGGUGGAUUACAAGUACAAGGAUAUGUCAUUCUUGGAGCAGAUCAGGGUGACCCAUAACUCGGACAUCUUCAUCGGGAUGCAUGGCGCUGGUCUCACUCACCUGCUCUUCCUUCCAGACUGGGCUGUCAUAUUUGAGCUCUAUAACUGUCAGGAUGAAAGCUGCUACCGUGAUCUGGCCCGGCUGAGGGGAGUGCACUACCUCACCUGGCAGAGAGCAGACAAAGUGUUCCCUCAGGACAGGGGACACCACCCUACACUCGGAGAGCAUCCCAAAUUCACCAACUACACCUUUGACCCGGAAGAGUUCAUACGUUUGGUCAGGCUGGCUGCGGAUCAUGUGAUGCAGCACAGGGCACGGCAUUCAAAACGGAGCCGCGAUGAGCUAUAGCUGAAAACACACGCACUCACACAAAUACACAUGAAACACACUGUUGUGUGUUUUCAUGUGUAGACAUUCUGUUUUAUGGAGAAGAUUAGCAAUCCAGAUUAGUACAGCAGUACAGGAUCAGAUCUGAAUACGCCUCCACAAUCCCAGGACUGUGGCACAUCUGUAUCUUUUACAAUCCCUUACGAUGUGGUUGGAAUCGUUUCGUAAUCAUAUGAUAAAAAUAUUUUUUCAGAUGACCAACAUUCCUGGUAAAUCACCUUUAUUGCAUCUUGUAAACCUGCAGUGCUGAAAACGUAGCAGAUUUGCAGGUGAAUUUGUAACAGAAAUGUAAAAAUGAUCGCUUAUGCAGUGGUGGGACGCACGCUUCACUCUCAACACCUCAUUGUGUUCCGCAACUCAUCACCACCGCAGUACUUAUUUUUUACACUAAUGAUUGUAUUUCUGUACACACUAUAGUAUACUGUGGCCUCCAGCGAUAUGACGUUGCCACAGCCGCUAUCGCGAUAGCAAUUAACGUUUGCUACAUCGAACCCAAAUGUGUUCAUUAGUAUAGAGUACAUUUAACUUUUGAACAAAGCUUUUGUUUAGUGGCCAUCUGCUUUUUAAAAAAUCUUUGGGGAUAAUGAGGGUUCCGACGUUUCUCCUUUGAAGUGAAGCACUGUGCAACCUGUUGUAUAACGUGAGUGAGUAGCUUUAAGAUGCAGUGACUGGCUAUGUUAGUUUCAGUAAGUCACUCGUGUGAGAGUGCAGUUUUAGGACUAUGUGCCUUAGGACUGCUGGCUUGACUUUGUAAGUCUUGCUCAUUAAAGGGUGUUGGAGUUUACAUUUUGAAAGCUGAUCUAAGACCAAUUUGUGCUUUAACUGGUAUAGAAUGAACGUAAGUGUGCCGUUCGGUUGAGCUUAUUAAAUGGGGAAUCUUUCACAUAACGUAGUCAUUUAAAUCUAUCCAGGAGAACUCCACGGCCGUGGGGUUUAAACACACUAGAUGUAACGAGCAGUUUGGUGAAUCCUAUUUUGAGAAACAAAUUUCAUUGAUUGACGCUCAGAGUUUGGCGCUAAAUUCAAUGGAGGAAAUAAACGAGUAAAAGCACGAGUGCAAUUUAGGGGAAUCAGCAAAAAAGAAAAGUCAGCGAUGUAUUUAUUACAGUGUCCAAGCUAUUGCAUGUACAUUCAUAUUUGUGUGUGUCGUGUCCUAAUCACGAAUGUUUGAAUGCGACUGUAAGUUUAGUUUCUGCACAGUUCAGGUCAUCUCAGGUAUACGCUGCUGUGCUCGUGCAUUAGACUUGUAUGUAGAUGUGACAAUUGAUUUUUUUUUUUUUUUUUUAAAGAACAUUUUAUAAUAUUUAUUUUCUCGGUAUUGCUGGUGUUUUGGAGCAGAUCGUGUUGUCUUUACUGCAGAGGGUCAGUGACAAUGUUAGUAUGGUCAGUAUUUGAACAAUGGUGUGCAGAAGAUUUUAAAGAAUGUAAUUUUGCAUGUGUAUCACUGUUUUGGGCGGAUUCGUGUAUAAACAUGUUUUGGAACUUGAAAUUAAAUUGUUUUUAAGCCCUA